CGUGGCUGAGCCGCUGGGCAAAUUUACCUGUUCCGCCACUGAACCAUGUCCAUGAGCCCGAAGCAUUCUACUCCCUUCUCGGUGACAGACAUCCUCAGCCCGAUGGAGGAGAGCUACAGGAAGGUGGCCAUGGAGGUGCCGCUCCACUCGGGCAUGCACGGGGCGGGCGGCGUCGGCGGCGCGGGCUACCGCGCGGCGUCGACGGGGCCGGUGAUCGGCAACAUCAGCGGCGGCGGCGGCGUGCUGGUGGGCCAGUCGAUGCACGUGGGACACGCGCAGGCCCAGCAGCAGCAGCAGCAGCAGCAGCAGGGCGCUCCGACGUCCGCGGCGACGGCGGCGGCGGCGGCGGCCUACCACAUGCCGCAGCUGCCGCACCACCACCACCACCACCACCACGCGGCCCACGCGGCCCACAUGAACGGCGCCGCGUACUGCAACGGCGCGCUGGGCGGAGUGCACGCCGCCAUGGGGGAGCUGCCGCCGUACCAGGACGGCAUGCGGGGCGCCGGCGCCGGAGGAGGGUGGUACGGAGCCAACGCCGAUCCCAGAUAUUCCACCAGUGAGUACGAGUUCUCGCGUUUCAUGAGCACGUCGUCCGGCAUGAACAUGGGAGGGAUGAACGCGUACGGAGGCAUGGGCGGCGACGCUGGCAAGGUCCUGGCUCCGCUCGUCUCGACGCCGCGGCGCAAGCGUCGGGUGCUCUUCUCGCAGGCGCAGGUCUACGAGCUGGAGCGCCGCUUCAAGCAGCAGAAGUACCUGUCGGCGCCCGAGCGCGAGCACCUGGCCAGCAUGAUCCACCUCACCCCGACGCAGGUCAAGAUCUGGUUCCAGAACCACCGCUACAAGAUGAAGCGCCAGGCCAAGGACAAGGUGUCGCAGCAGCUGCAGCAGGACGGCGCCGGCGGUGGCGGCGGGCAGCAGCAGUCGCCGCGCCGCGUCGCCGUGCCGGUGCUCGUCAAGGACGGCAAGCCGUGCCCCGGCGGAACCGGCGUCUCCGCGCAGGGCACGUCCAACCACCACCAGCAGCAGCAGCAGCAGGGCCAUCACCACAACCACAGCAACCACCACCAGCAGCACCAGCAGCAGCAAGGGGCGGGAGGCGUCAUAUCGGGCGGCGGCACGGCCUCGUCGCUCAUCCAGCAGACGGAGCAGGGCGUGGAGCUGGUGCAGGUGGACGCGCCGCUCAGCCCCUCCGACCUCCACACGGCCGUGGCGUCGAUGGCCUCCAUGACGUCGCCGGUGGCCGAGUACAACAUGGUGAUGUCGGCGGGCUCCACUCUCCUAUACGGCAGGACGUGGUGAGCCGGCGGGGUGGGCCCUCGGCCUCGCCGUCGCACCGGCGCUGGCACCGGCGGUGGCACCGGCGACGGACACUGGUGACGGACACCGUCGCGGGCGCCGGCGGCGGCGGCGGCGGCAGCGGCGGCAGCAGCAGCAGCAGGUUUGACCGACUGUUGUGGGGAAAAAUAAAAAAACGUGCAACUUGUUCCAAGUUGGCGCCGUUUAUUUUGUAGUAGCUUGUGCCGGACCAUGGCGGCGCCUGAGGAGGAGGAGGAGGAUUACCGUUGGGGAAGACGUCGACGACGACUCGGGAGCGUCGCGGAACUUUGGAGGCGGCGAAUUAACGCUCCUCCUUAUCAUCGUCGUCGUCGUCGUCGAACAGAUUCCCCGGGAAGAGAAUCCGAAAGACAAUCGCCCGGAUUAAAGUUGUGAGCGCGGGCUCCGCUGUGCCAUACUGAACAUACUCACUUGUAGAUUGACAACCGCUCCCAACCAACUCGUGUUGCUGUUCGUUAUACAUAUAUAUACACACGUAUACAUAUAUAUAUUUUUUGUCACUCGAUAAAUUAAAAUGCACUAGCUUAAGCGUGAAGGCACGUGCAAGUGACCAGCCCGCCCGUGUUACGGUCUGCGACGCUUGGUUAUGUAUAUUUGGUUUCUGUCGACGUCUGCAAACGAUCUCUGCGUGUGAUCCAAACGGCUGAUAUUCUCUGUUACGUGCGUGAGCUCUCGUUCUCGAGUGUAGAUGUUUAAAUAAUGGGGGGGGGGUGUCCCCUGCUGUGUUUUAUCCACUUUAUUAUUAUUAUUUGAAUCUCGAUGUCUUUUUUUUUUGUUUAAGUUAAAUAGAAACCUGUGCAUAGGAUUUUCUGAUGAGGGGGGUGAAAAAAAAAGUUUAAAUAAAUUAUCAACGCAACGAUUGACAAUUUUUCAAACGUCUUGUUUAAUUUGUCGUUAUUCGUCGCCGCGUAGCGGCUAAUUCGCCCCCACGAGUUUUAGCCGCGGCUUCGACGGGUUUAAGUUCUACACAGGAACAAAAGAAACA